CUGAAAACCAAUUGAGGAGAUGAAAGAUUGCACUGUACUUCACCAGGCAAUAUAGAGAUAUAGAUCCAGAAGAUCACCCAAAGAACAUCUGGACACAGUGGGAAGACAUCCAAUCCCUUCACAGCUUUGUUCAACAGGGAGAAAGUUGAGAAUGAAACCAUCUAUCAGGUCAGGGGAGCUUGACAUAUCAUCAGAUCUGAAACCAGCAGUGGUGUGGAGACUUCCAUCAGCACCAACCUUUAUGAAGAUUUAGAGGUGAGGAUUUGGACGAGGCUGGGAAGAAGAGUGAGUUGCUUCAACUGUGGUGAGAGCGUCAAUCCUUCAUUAACUCUUGUGAACCACUGGCUCACUCUUACAGACGAGAGGAUGUUCAAUUAUGAGGAUUGGGAGGAAAUUCAUAUAAUCGUCUAACAUACAAGCUAUAAUUGUUAUAAAAUUUCUAACGAAAGGAAAGUCAUCUGGAGAGAAAACACUCAAGUGGGAAGUGAUUGUGAUGUCAUCUAUGCUCGUGAAACUGCGACACAAUGACAAUGGAGAGAAAAUCUUCACAGGUGAGGCAUGUAACAAGAAAUUCAUACAAUCAUUAGGCUCAGUAAAACACCGAGCAAUUCACAAGGGGGCAAAAGCAUUCACAUGUCAGGUGUGUGACAAAUCGUUCUCAUGGUCAGCAGAUCUUCAUAAACACCAACGCAUUCACACAGGUGAGAAACCAUUCACAUGCAAGGUUUGUGAAAAAUCAUUCUCCCAUUCAUCAAACUUCCGCCGACACCAACGAGUUCACACAGGGGAAAAACCCCACAAGUGCAAGAAAUGCAACAAAUCAUUUUCUGUCUCAUCGAGACUCUUGAUCCACCAGAGGAUGCACACAGGGAAGAAACCAUUUGUGUGUGAGGUGUGUGAAAAGACAUUCUUGGAGUCAGCAUCUCUUCGCAGACACCAACGAAUUCAUACAGGGGAGAAAGCAUUCAGAUGUGAGGUGUGUGACAAAUUGUUCUCUGACUCAUCAACACUCCACGUACACCAACGCAUUCACACAGGGGAGAAACCAUUCACAUGCAAAGUUUGCAAAAAAUCAUUCUCACAUUCAUCGCACUUCCGCAGACACCAACGCAUUCAUACAGGGGAGAAACCAUUCACAUGUGAGGUAUGUGACAAAUCAUUCCUGCAACCUUCAGACCUCCGGAUACACCAACGCAUUCAUACAGGGGAGAAACCAUUCACGUGUGAGUGGUGUGACAAAUCUUUCUGUGACCCUUCAAAACUUUUGGUCCACCAGACAAUUCAUACAGGGGAGAAACCUUUCAUUUGCAAGGUAUGUAAAAAGUCAUUCUCGCGAUCAUCAAACCUCCACAAACACCAACGAAUUCACACAGGAGAGAAACCAUUCACAUGUGAUGUUUGUGACAAAUCGUUCUCAGGCUCAUCAACCCUCCGUGUACACCAACGCCUUCAUACAGGGGAGAAACCAUUCAUAUGCAAGGUUUGUGACAAAUCAUUCUCACAAUCAUCACAUUUCCACGAGCACCAACGCAUUCACACAGGGGAGAAACCAUUCACGUGUGAUGUGUGUGACAAAUCAUUCUCUGGCUCAUCAACCCUCCGUGUACACCAACGCAUUCAUACGGGGGAGAAACCAUUCAUAUGCAAGGUUUGUGAAAAAUCAUUCUCACAAUCAUCGCAUUUCCGUGAACACCAACGCAUUCACACAGGGGAGAAACCAUUCACAUGCAAGGUUUGUGAAAAAUCAUUCUCCCAAUCAUCACAUUUCCACAAGCAUCAACGCAUUCACACAGGGGAGAAACCAUUCACAUGCAAGGCUUGUGAAAAAGCAUUCUCAAGUUCAGCAAAUCUCCAAAGACAUGAACGAAUUCACACAGGGGAGAAACCAUUCAUGUGUGAGUUUUGCAACAGAUCAUUUUUUGACUUACCAAGCCUUUCAAUCCACCAAAGUAUUCACACAGGAGAGAAACCAUUCAUGUGUGACUUUUGUGACAAAUCAUUCUCUACAUCAUCAAGACUCUUGGUCCACCAAAGGAUUCACACAGGGGAGAAACCAUUCACAUGCAAGGUUUGUGAAAAAUCAUUCUCACAAUCAUCAAACCUCCACAACCACCAACGAAUUCACACAGGAGAGAAACCAAUCAACGUGUGACGUGUGUAAAAAAUCAUUCUCAGCGUCAUCAAAUCUCUGCAACCAUCAACUAUUUCCCACAGGGGAGAAACUAUUCAUAAGUGAGGUGUGUGACAGAUCAUUCUCUGACUUACCGUGUUCACCACCACAUUCACACAGGGAGAAACCCAUUCACAUGAGGUGUGUUUCAAAUCAUUCUUGCAAUCUGCCGACCUCUGGACACACCAACAUAUCCACACAUGUGAGUGGCUUGAUAACUCGUUCUAUAACUCAUCAAAACUCUUGGUCGGCCAGAUGAUUCACACAGGCAAGAAACCAUUCAUGUGUGAGGUAUGUGAUAAAAUAUUCUUGAAUUCAUCAAUUCUCCGCAGGCACCAACGGGUUCACACAGGGGAGAAAUCCCACAAGUGCAAGGAAUGUAACAGAUCAUUCUCAGAUUUGUCAAAUCUUCAAAGAUACCAAUGAAUUUACACAGGGGAAGCACCAUUUACAUGCAAGGUUUGUGAAAAAUCUUUCUCAUGUUUAUCGAACUUCCACAUGCACCACCAAAUUCAUACAGGGGAGAAACUAUUCACAUGUGAGUUGUGCAACAAAUCAUUCUCCGACUCGUCAAGCCUUUUAUUUCACCAGAGGAUUCACAUAGGGGAGAGACAAUUCAGAUACAAGGUUUAUAAAAAAAUCAUUCCCAGCAUUAUCAAACCUCUGCAACUACAGGGGAGAAACUAUUCACAUGUGACAUGCAUGACAAAUCAUUCUUACAAUCUUCACAUCUUCGGAUACUCCAAUGUAUCCACAUGGGAGAAACCACUCACAUUUAAGUUGUGCAUCAAAUUAUUCUCAGAAUCAUCAAGAUUGUUGCUCCACAAAAUAAGUCACGUAGGGAAGGAACCAUUCACAUGCAAGAUUUGUGAAUAACCAUUCUCAGCAUGAUCACACACCAAAGCAUUCACACAGGGGAGAAACCUGACACAUGCAAGGAAAGCAACAAUCUUUCACAGAGACAUCAAAAUUUCAAAGAUACCAUCAAAUUCAAACAGUAGAGAAACCAAGUGAGAUGUGUGACGAAUCAUGUUUAGACUCAUCAACCCUCUGGAAAUACUAAUAAAUUCACACAGGAGAGAAAGCA